UGUACCUGUCGAGAACUACCGGGGCCUGUCAAACUCGAGAGUUAGAUUCACAGUUGGAAGAUGUACGUAUUUCUGGUCUUCUCCUCUUUCGCAAUAUGGUCUUUUUCUUUCCUUUCACGGAACCAUUUCUGGAAUAUUCGUUCUCCAGAACCGGGCGAUCGUUGCCUUGCAUUCUCCUGUCCCGCAAUUGUCACAAGCUGAUGGAUCGCAUGUGACUAUCUACAGACCUGUACCUCAGUUAUCAUCCAAGUGCAUGAGCUUCCUCCAGUAACUAAACGGCAAUCAAGCGAUAUUCAACUUCUCCGCUGCUUAACCACAGCAGUACUGUUGCGUCGCCAUGGCUGAGGAGGAUAAUUUCGACAUCGACAUCUACGGCGACGAUGCCGGCAACGACUAUCAAGGCGAGCCAGAAGAGCCCAUGCAAGAUGCCAAACAGGAUGACGGCCCGACCAAUACCGCAGGCGAUCAUAGCCCACAUGAUGCCGUCCACGGAGCCGAGGCCGGAACCGACUCCAACGAGAUGGAGGUCACGACCAAUGGCGGAGUGCAUGACAGCCACGACCACAAACCAAGCCAAACCCAGACACCCGCUCCCCAGGGUACCAAGCGCAAAGAAGGCCCGGAUGACCGCCCUGUAGACCCGAAUGCAACGACGGCCAUCGUCCUCGGCGAAUUGCAUUGGUGGACGACAGAAGAUGACAUUCGAGGUUGGAUCAACAAGUCCGGGUGCGAGGACGAACUGAAGGAUAUCAGCUUCAAUGAGCACAAGGUGAACGGCAAAAGCAAAGGCCAAGCAUUCGUAGAAUUCCAUUCGACCCAAGCCGCCACAGCCCUCAAACACCGCAUCGACUCCUUCGCCACCUCCACCGACACCUCCCCUGUCGCCGCCGCCCUACGAAAACACACCGCCAACUUCCACCCCGCAGGCAGCAACCCCUACCGCACCCUGCCCAAAGACGUCCCCGGCCGCAACCGCGAUUCCGGCCGCGAAGGCCACUCCCGACCUCCCUACAGCCAAUCUGGCGGGAACUACAGCGGCUUCAACCGGGGCGGACGCGGCGGGUUCGGGAAUCGAGGCGGGAACGCCGGCGGCGGCUACGGCAAUCGGAAUUUCAGCGGCGGAGCGAUGCAGGGCGGCGGGGUGCAGGGCGGGAAUUUCGGAGGGAAUUUCGCCGGGCCACCAAUGAAUCAGUUCGGCGGCGGAUUCAACCGCGGGGGGAUGAUGGGGGGGAACAUGCGAGGUGGGAUGGGGGGCAGUGGACGCGGUGGGCGAGGCGGUGCGGCGAUGAAUCCUGGGAUGAUGGGGGGUAUGGGAAUGCCGAUGGGAAAUAUGGGGAUGCCGAACAUGAACAUGGGGAUGGGAGGGAUGGGUGGAAUGGGCAGCAUGGGGAUGCCUGGUUUCACGAAUCCUCAGCAUUUCAAUGCCGGCGGCGGGUUUUUCAACCAAGGCCAACAGGGCGGCAGCGACGGGAACUGGAAUCCGCAUGGCGCCAAGCGUCCCCGGCCUGAGUGA